UUGUAUAGUUGGAGCGAGGGUCGCCUCCGCCUGCCGCUGAGGACGACCUCCUUCUCGGAGUCGGCGGCCCCAGAGUCCGUGUCUCCGGCGGGCUCCGAGGCCGGUCCCGCGGCCCCCGCUGCUGCCGGUCCCGGGGACUCCGCCCUGCCCGAGCUGUUGUACGACGUGCGCGGCAACCUGACCCUGCACUGCUCCCUGCCCAACGAAGCCAGCCUCGCAUAUUUCUGGACUAAGAACGGUACGGCCCUGGAGCAGGUGUGGGAGAUGACGGGCCGCUACGUGCUGGAGAAGGGAGGAGCCGAGAUGAGGAUGGCGCGCGCCCUGGAGGACGACUACGGGAACUACACGUGCGGCCUGACGGGGCGGAGCGACACGCAGAGCUGGGCCGUGCGGGGACGACCGCACCUCAAGCUGCCCGCCAACACCAACGUGGUGGAGGGCCAGCGGCUCAAGCUCGUGUGCAAGGUCAUCGGCAAGCCCUACAGACCCGUCAGCUGGUGGUACUCCAACUCCUCGGACGGCGAGGGCAACUUCACGGAGGUGACGGCGGCGCUCGGGCCGCGCGCCGUGAUAGGAUCGGGCGAGGGCGGAGCGCCCGGCGCCGUGCUCACGGUGGAGGCGGCGGCGCGCUCGGACGCCGGCCGGUAUCGCUGCAGCGCCCCGGACGCCGCCCUGCCCGCCACCACCACGCUCCGCGUCAAGGACAUGUACGCCGCGCUGUGGCCCUUCCUCGGCAUCUGCGCCGAGGUGUUCGUGCUCUGCGCCAUCAUCCUGGUCUACGAGAAGAGACGCACCAAGCCCGAGCUCGACGACUCCGACACCGACAACCACGACCAGUGA